AUGCCUCACUCUUCCCAAGACGCCGCUCCGCAAAUCCGCAAGCGUCCCGCGCCGACCACCGAGAUCGGAGAGGAUGCGCUCGGCGAAUAUGUCUCAGGACUUCUCAAGAAAGCCGCCGGCUCACAACUUAAGAAGAUAAAGACGGCAACUGGCGCGAAAGUCACAUCCGAGGCGGCACCAACGGCGGUCCUCAAAUCCACUCCGAAGCCACCACCCGCCAUUCUUCAGAAUGACUUCCUCAACCCUCGUAAGAUUCUCACGCCAAAGUCACCAAUCAAAACGAAGAAAAUUGCGGUCGGGCCGGUGAAUCCCCCCAGUGCAAGUGCUGCACGCCCAACAAAGCCAGGCAAGCGAUUCAAAGACGACGAAGAGCUGGAAGCACACUACAAAUCACACCGCAAGACUUUCGGCUCCCAACUGGCAGUGGAGAAGAAUUUGACCCGGGAUCGAAAUGUAGAGAUCAUCAAACUCCCUCCAAGCGUCAAAGCUAUCAACGUCACCGAGUUCGAAAAGGCGUACAUCUACAUGAUUGAGAAAGACCCAAAUCAUUUUCCCAACAUCAAGCUCCUCGGUACAGACAAGCGCGGAUAUACUGUCGUCCGCCGCGAGAAAAUGCCCAAUAAGAGGAUCGCUGACAUUCGAGAGAUGGAGCGGAAGCGGAAGUUGGCCAAGGCGCGGUCGGAAGCUCGUCGAGAGAAUGCUGACCUCCGUGAAGCGAAGAAAACCCGGCACAAGAGUGCAAUCAUGAGGGCCCGGGUAAAGCUCAUCCAGGAAGAAGAAAGGAUUCUUCAAGUCGGAAGGGAGGUCGAGGAGAAUGGUGCACGUCGCCGAGCUAAGAUGUUGGCCGAGAGGAAGGCGAAUGCCAUUACGGAAUAGAGGACCUCGGGAAAAACAACGGCAAUUUCACGCAAGUCUUUGGCUUAGUCCAUCGUCCAAAAGAGUGCUGUAUAGAUAC